AGUCUGUAUGCCUCUCAAUUGGAUCUUGGAUUGGCGAUAAACGUUUACCGUAACUCAGUUUGGGGAACGUAUCGUUUCUUUGAACUAAAACCAAAUCUGCAAGAAACGGCACGUUUGGAUCAUGUUUAUGCUAAUGUUCAACGAAUUGGCGAUUUGUCUUCGUUUGAUUGGUUCAAUGGGUCGUUAAAGCCAACAGUCGAUAAAUUAGUUAACGUUCAUUACUCAUCAAUUAAUUUCAAAGAUGUAAUGUUAGCCACUGGUCGACUUUCAACCGAAUCAUGCCAUGGUUCGCGGGUUGAUGGUGAUUGUGUGCUGGGAUUUGAAUUCUCUGGAAUCAAUACUUGUGGCGAACGUGUAAUGGGCAUGAUUAAGGCAGGCGCGAUGGCAACACAAGUUCAAUCAGUUGAACAUUUAACAUGGAUUGUGCCCAAAGAUUGGUCAUUACGUGAUGGUGCCACUAUUCCAGCUGUUUAUAUCACGGUAUAUUACGCAUUCUUCUUUGGCAGAUCCAUCGUUCGUGGCAACUCAAUUUUGAUUCAUGCCGGUAGUGGAGGCAUCGGGUUGGCUGCUAUCCGCAUUGCACUGGCUUAUGGUUUAGAAGUCUUCACCACGGUUUCAACACAACAGAAACGAAAAUUCAUCCUUGGUCUCUUCCCACAACUAAAGGAGGAAAACAUCGGCAAUUCACGAGAUUCUUCGUUCGAACAUUUGGUAAUGCGUCGUACAAAAGGCCGAGGUGUUGAUUUUGUCUUGAAUUCGUUGUCUGAUGACAAGUUAUUGGCCUCAUUGCGUUGUUUGGCACGUGGCGGUACAUUCUUAGAGAUUGGAAAAUUCGAUAUCAUGAAUAACUCAGCUUUGGGAAUGAGUGCGUUCGAAAAAGAAACCACAUUCAGAGCCAUUUUUGCAGAUAAUUUGAUGUAUAUGCCUGAAGUACGUAAGAUCAUUCACGAAUUGAUUGACAAAGAUUUGAGAACUGGAGUAAUUCAGCCGCUCCACUCAACCGUGUUCCAUGUCAAUGAGAUUGAACAAGCAUAUCGUUACAUGAGCACUGGAAAACAUGUCGGGAAAGUGAUGAUUCAAAUGCGAGAAUCGGAACAAUCACUAGCAUCAGUUCCAAUAAAAGUGAACCCGAAAGUUUAUUGCAAACCGGAUUUGGUUUACAUCGUGUCUGGUGGAUUAGGCGGUUUCGGUGUGGAACUGUGUGAUUGGCUUGUGGUUCGUGGAGCUCGAAUUUUAGUAUUGAACUCACGACGAGGUAUUACCACUUCAUAUCAGGCAUUCAGAAUAAGUCUCUGGGAAUCAUACGGUUGCAAAGUAAUCAUCAACACGGCCGACAUUGGAACGUAUCAAGGUGCAAAGAGUUUGUUUGUAGAGUCACUGACUUACGGACAAAUUGGUGGUGUGUUCAAUUUGGCCGUUGUGCUCCGUGACAGCAUUCUAGAAAACCAAUCGGUAGAAAAGUUCCAAGAAAGUAUCAGACCAAAAGCCAUCGCUACCCAGUACUUCAAUGAGUUGUCACGAAUUCUAUGUCCGAAACUGGAACACUUUGUGGUGUUUUCAAGCGCAUCUUGUGGCAGAGGAAACGCUGGCCAAUCGAACUACGGAAUGGCCAACUCGAUAAUGGAGCGCAUCAUAGAGCAGCGGUUACAGGAGAAGCUGCCGGGCAAAGCCAUCCAAUGGGGUGCAAUCGGAGAGGUCGGUCUCGUUGCUGAGAUGUCAAAGGGAAAAGAUAUCGAGGUUGUUGGCACGAUGCAACAACGCAUCGAGUCUUGUUUGAAAGUCUUGGAUACUUUGCUUACUUCACCGCAGGCCAUUGUCUCCAGCAUAGUAGUGGCUGAUAAACAUGCGGGUGAGGCGGGUCAAGACGGUCAAAUGACUCUCAUCAAGAGUGUAAUGAAAAUUAUGGGCAUUCGUGAUAUCAAAUCCAUCUCGAAAAACGCAUCACUGGCCGAGCUAGGAAUGGAUAGCUUGAUGUCGGUCGAAAUAAAACAAGUGAUGGAACGUGAAUUCGACGUGUUUUUGACGCCUCAACAAUUGCGUUCGAUGACUUUUGCAAAACUGGAUGAAUUGUCGAGCUCUGGAGCCAAACCUGAAGCAAAAGUAUCGAACAAAGAAGAACUUCCGAAAUACCUGUUCCAAAACUUGGGCGAUGAAUCAGUUAGAGAUAUCACACUGUUGCCCAUCAACGAAUUGGAGGCCAAAUCACCACAAAUCAUUUUCAUUCCAGGAAUCGAGGGUGUAUGCGGACCAAAUUGGAAAACUUUAGGGUUAAAUAUGAAAGUGCCAUCGAAAUUGCUUCAAUUGAUGAAAUCCCGAAAUGAAAGUAGUAUAACUGGAAUCGCCGAGUCCAUAUUCGAAGAAGUUUCGCAAUGUUUCGCCAAUCAAAAAGAAUAUUUCAUCGUUGGUCAUUCGUUCGGUUCAUUAAUUGCACUGCGAAUUGCGUCAAUGCUUGAGAAAAUGGGCAAAGUUGGUCGUCUCGUUCUAGUCGAUGGUUCACCCGAAUACUUGUUCAGAUUAGCCAAGGGCAUUUGCCAGAGCGGACACGUUGAAGGCAACAUUGAGAACGAUCUAUUCAUGAUUCUUUUUAGCCAUUUCUGCGAUCCAGAGUCCGUCGAAGACUUCGUCAAAGGAUUAGUAGCCUGCCCUAAUAUUCCAGCGAAACUCGAAUGUUUGGCUAAAUUUGUGUCGUCUGAAUACAAAAACAAAUAUUCAACAGAAUAUUUGCAUGACAUGAUAGUGGCUAUUCUGAAUCGUCUCAAGCUUAUUGUGGAAGAGGAUGUGAUGGAUAAUAUAUUAGACACCAAGUUGAAGGCAUCCAUUAUCUUAAUUCGACCAACCGAAGUUUCAUUCGCCGAUAUCAAUGCGGAUUACAAUUUGAACAAAUAUUCCGAACACGAAGUGAAUGUCAAAUAUGUGGAAGGUCAUCAUUUGACUGUCAUCGAGAAUGUUGAACUCACCAACAUUCUCAAUGAAAUUAUUUCGCAAGAAAUUAACGCAUAGAAUCUGAAAGGCUUUAAUUCAAAGCACAUCGUGAGUUAGUGGUGCCGGCGGGAUUGUGGAUGGUGGAGAUUGAACGGGCUGAAUUCACAUUGGAUUCAUUUUGACUGUCAUUUUUAUUUACACAGUAUAAAUUACACUAACGAAAAUAGUGAACGAGAAACAUUUUAUUCACAAAAAACCAAGAAGUAAGUAACGUCAGUCAAGUAGUAUUUAUGUUAAGAUAGAAUAGUUAUUGUACUUGUAGAACUACCGAUAAAUAGUACAAUGGACAAAACUUUCGGAAUUUCUUAUAAAAUCCUAUAAAUAAUUCCUUACCUUUCUCAUUAGAUGUAAGAUUUUAAAUUAAAUGAAAAUAAAAGAAAAUACGUUCUUAAAUUCAAUAGAAAUCAAUAAAUUCAAAACUUCCAAAAUAGAUAUAUAUCAAUUCAAAUUCCGCAAAAUCCAACCAAAUUAAAAAAUACGCAAAAUAAAUCAGUCACAGCGAAAAUAGAAUUAUGUCAAACCAGUCAAAACAAUGAGAAAAUAAAACGUAAUUUACACGUGAACCGAAUGAAAAA